GCGGAGUGCUUCUGUAGAGACCAAAUUUUAAGUAAUAUUUAUUUGGACAACUGUGAUUAACGCCAGUGCUAAACACGGCGAAAUACAUUUCCGCACGGACUGCAAGGAAUGUAACCGCAGAUACGACAUCCACUAGGGAUUGGGCCAUUCAAUGUAUUUCGCCAUGUUUAGUACUGGCCCCCAGGGGUUAACUACUGUCGUCCGAAUAAAUAUUACUUAAAAUUCUUGUUCAGGAGGUAAAACUCCAUAGAAAAACCGCAACUGGCAUAGUCAAGGCCGCCGCGGAAUAGUACCCUAGAUCUACCUAGUUAUAUCUUACCAGUUUAGGCAAUCUGGAAUCUUUCAGCUGGGAUCCUUUCUUUGCCUAGCCUAUGGUGUCAGGUUGAGCAAAACUGCAGACAACUACCUAGGUAUAGUUUAAGAGAACUGAAGUACUACAUAAAGAAAAAUGUCAGACCCAGGUAUACUGAAGAAAGGUGCCUUAACAUCUGCAACUUAUGAUACAGUUUUGCAGAUUGGGCUAAGGAUAAUGUCAUUUGUAUUAAAUGCAUUUAUUGUUCGUCAAGUAAGCAGAGAAUCCUUUGCUGUCAUGACAGUUCGUUUACAUCUUCUUUAUUCUACUGGGUUACUUUUAUCACGUGAAGCAUUUAGAAGAGCAGCUUUAAGCUCUAAAGGCAGUAAAGAAAUAUACAAAGUUAUAAAUCUGCUCUGGAUGGGAACACUGGUGUCACUACCUGUUGGGUUGCUAGGCUGGUACAUCUGGAUGUAUGUCAUGGAACAACCGCCAGAGUCAGUAACAAGACAUUACAGUUAUGGAGUUCUGCUUAUUCUGACAAGUGUAGUUACCGAAGUGACAGCAGAAGUGCCUUUUGUCUUGGCAGAAUUACAAUUAUGGAGUAAGACAAAGGUUGUAAUUGAAGGUGUUAUGCAGCUGUUACGCUCUUUAUUAUUGGCGCUUUUUGUGUUCUUGUGGCCCAUGCACUCCGUGCUUGUGUUUGGCAUAAGUCAGAUGCUAGGAUCAAUAGUAUACAGUGUAUCAUAUUACAUUGUUUUCUUGAGGGCCUUGAGGGGGAAGGAGGAUUCCUCUCUCCCAAUCCAUGAGUUCAACCAGCUAUUACCUAAGUGGAGCAAUGGAAAGAUGUUACCAGAAGUAGAUCAUGAGUUGGGACUUUUGUCUUGGAGUUUUUUUAAGCAAGGUUGGUUAAAGGAAACUCUUACAGAAGGAGAGCAUUACAUCAUGAAUUUUUUUCCUCUGAUCUCACUGAAUCAGCAAGGUGUUUAUCAGGUUGUCAACAAUCUGGGGUCACUGGCGGCACGACUGAUUUUUAGGAGCAUAGAAGCUGCAGCAUACAAAUAUUUUGCCCAGAUGUUGUAUCGAGGAAAAUCAAUUAAAGAUCAAGAUCAAUCACGUGUUGCAGAGGUGUCAAGGUUCUUCUUAUCCUUGUUCAGCAAUCUUAUACUGGUGUCACUCCUUAUUAUCACAUUUGGAUGGUCGUAUUCACGUACAGUUUUACAGAUAUAUGGUGGUUCACAGUUGAGUGAUGAUGAUGGUACUCUGCUAAUGAGAGCUCAGUGCUUUUAUGUAGUUUUUCUAGCAGUUAAUGGCAUCACAGAAGCUUACACAUUUGCUGUUAUGGAUGAUGCAGAGUUGUCAAGAUACAAUAAAAUGUUGGUAAUUUUCUCCUUUGUGUAUAUGGGCUGUGCAGUAUUUUUCACCUGGUGCUUUGGAGCUGUUGGUUUUAUUAUAGCCAAUGCUCUUAAUAUGGCGCUGAGAAUAAAUCACAGUCUCAGGUUUAUCAGUGAUCAGUACAAAGACAGUGAAUAUCAGCCUUUACAAAUAGACUGGAUAUCAGCCAGACCCUUCUUUGUUUUUGCAUCAUGCCUUGCUUUAACAACUGUUUCUGAGGCUGUUUUAUAUCCAAGAAGUAUUAUUCUGCACAUCACAUUUGGACUCCUCUGUCUCAUCUGGGUUGCAUACUUACUGCGAAUGGAAUUUAAGGCUGUCUUUGAAAAAUUAUUUGACAUAACGGACAGUUGUAUAAGGAAACUUAUUGGUGAAGGUUCUCUUGGAAAUAUAUUCAAUCCUAUGGUGAUAACAAAAUAUUUACGCAGAUUUUUGUAUGGAUGUACGAAAAAAUAAAUUUACUUUUUUA